GGCUUUUGCCUGCUCGGCGACCCUUCUCCCCUCUCCAGCCCUGCUCUGCUGCUCGUCCCGAUGCGUCUCGCUGUCGUCUGUGGCUGUCUCCUGCUCGCCUCUGGCGGCCUCGCCAUGAAGCGCGGCCCCUGGAACGGCGCCGAGGGCACCGCCGAUCAUCUCGAAGCCCAUCGCCUUGCCAUGAUGAACCAAUUCUCGGAGCAAUCCAAGACCCACGCCGACUUUUUGGCCGCACAAAAGACUGGCUCGUAUGCCAAGUUCGAUGCCAAGGACGACAUAUACUACUACUUUGCCCUGCACGACCAGAACCAUGACGGCCACCUGGACGGCCAUGAGAUCCGGAAUGCCCUGACCACGUUCCGCGAGGUGGCCGAGGGCGACAAGAGGUCGCUCAACCAGAUCGAGCGCGACGUCGACGAGCUCCUGUCCAAGACCGACCUCAACAACGAUGGGCUGGUUUCGUGGGAAGAGUACCUUGCCUCGGAGGAUCUGAAAUAGUCGGUGGCGGAUACCGGCCCCCCUGGCAGCCCCCUGCCCGUGCCGAUGCCUUGAUUGCUGCCACAGGAGCGGGCGACCCGACCAGGCCAGGGCAGAGCCGUUUUGCCGUUUGCUCAGCUUCAUCAAUUCCAAUCCCCCCCCACGAACCUCCGAGGCUCCUGCCCAGGGUCCUUGCUGUCUGUGUUGUCUCGUGGCUUGUCCUUUAUCUUUCCUUGAUCGAUCAAUCGUUCGUUCCUUCUGCGAUUCGCACUGCUGAUUGUCCUGCGGUUCGUUUUGUUACCCCUCGCCUCUUGCCGCUUGCCUCUUGCCUCUUGUCGUCUGUCCUGUCCGAUGUUCUGUCUCGUGUCCUGUGGUGUCGUGCUCGGCCGGGCUCUCUUGGGCCUCCUGAAUCAGCUAGAGAAUAUACUAUGAAACUACAGCGAUGGCA